AUGGCCGCAUUUCUCGCGAAACGUUCGCACCUUACUAUAAGAUCCGCGAUACCCGUUUUGCAAAGGUUUGUUUCCGGAAAGACGGCUGUUGCUACUCGAGAUUCGAAAGAAAGCUCAGUUACAACAACGCCUGAAACUUCGCAAGUUAUACCUGCUGAUGUAUCCGGUGCACCUGAGGAACUCCGAUUCAGAUCGGUAAGAAUUUACAAACGCUCCAAAACUGCUAUGCAAUCAGGAGAACAUAAUACUAGGCAUUGGAGAAUUGAUUUCGACGUUAUGGGAUCUAGUGGUGCCUGGGAAAACCCGUUGAUGGGAUGGUCCAGCAG